AGUGUGUAGUAGUCCCGGAGGCAAGACGGACCAAGGUGGUGUAAACAAUGUCUGAGGAUGGAGGCCGAGAAUAUCAAGUUAUCUGGCCUUUUACGGGACAAAUACGCCCUAAUACUCCUGGUGGCUGUGUUCAUCUUUAGCACCAUCGUCUCGGUCCUCGUCAGUUUGCUGGUCGGGGCACUGCUCAUCACCUCACUCUGCACAGGACUGCUGCUGCCGUAUGUCAUAUUUGGUGAUGGCAAGCAGAUUCCCAACCUCCUGGCGCUGUUCACGGGGUCAGACAGCCACAUCGUCCAGGGGGAAAUGCCUCGCUCCUGCUCGGUGUGUGGUGGGGAGCGGUGUCAGCGGCAGCACCCCAGCACCGCCGUUCCACUGUCCAUCCACGCCCACGUCACCUGCACUGUGCCGCAGAGUGUGGAUGAGGCCCUGGAGGAGCUGCUGACGAUGGUGCUGGACCAUUAUGUGUUUACCUGGUACCGGGAGAUCUCCAUCCAUGACCAGCUGGUGGAUGAGAUCCGCUACAUCAUCAGAUAUGCCGUGGCAGCGCUGGCCACCAAGCUAUCCAAGGUGGACCUCACAGUUGUGAUCAUAGACCGCCUGCUGCCGGCGCUCAUCAACCACCUGGACGCUUACGUGGAGGGCAGCCGGCGGGUGCGGGGCAAUGUGUCCCUGGAGGCGGCAGUGGUGCAGUACCUGAAGGCGGGCGGCGGCCUCCACCGGGCAGUGCGGUCCAGGGAGGACGAGGCGGCAUACCUGAGGGGUGUGCUGGGCACCAUCAUGCCCUUCCUGCUGCCUGAAAAGUACCAGUCCAGCAGGCUGGGCCGCACCUUCCUGGAGGAGCUGCUGGGGCGGGUGUUGCUCAUCCAGGCCAUGGACUUAUUGGCCAACCCAGACACAGUUAACCUGCUGUUCCUACUCCUGCUGAGCCGCGACCCCUCACCCUGGCCCCCACACAGGCCAGAGCCAGAGGUGCUGCUGCUCAAGAACUUCGCCUCAAUCAACAGUCACCCACGCAACUCGGUACUGAGGAGCAACCUUUCCUCUGUGCUGAAGGACCAGAGUCUACUUUACCUGUUCCACACCUUCCUGAAGGAGGAGGGAGCCAUCAACGUCCUGCAGUUCUGUCUUGCUGUUGAGGACUUCAACCGACACAUCCUGGACCCAGACCUCACCACAGAGCAGCUUGAGCACCUUCACCAUGAUGCCCUGGAGCUCUACCACACCUACAUGGUCGCCUCAGCCCUGGACCACAUCAAGUUCCCCACUCAUAUUGUUGCCCACAUCAGAGAAAUCGUGCACGCUGAUGUGAAGGACAUAGUGAAGCUGCGCACCACCCGCCCACUCUUCCAGGCCUACGAGCACGCCUACAACCUGCUGGAGAGGGAGUACCUGCCGCUCUUCAUGCACAGCUACACGUAUUUUGCUCACCUGUGUGGGACGAGGAGCUCCCAGGCAUACCAGAAGAACGCCACCAGGGAGAUGGACCCCCUGCACAAGAAGGCUGUAAGUAAGGUAGUGGUGAGGAAGGUGGGUAGUGGCCUCAGGCAAAUUGGCAAACAGAUGGUGCUCAAGCCGUCAGUGGUCACCGGGGGGGAGGACGACCACUCCCUCUACGACAUUGACGAGGCUGAUGACAUCUCCUUGCUCAUGAGUGACGACGGCAGUGGGGCCAUGGGGCAGGGCAUGAGUGGGCUGGAGGGGCUGACGUCCAGCUUCCGGGACCUGAGUGCCUGGCGAGUGUGCAUACCAAGGGUGGAGCAGCGCGUGGAUGCCGCCAACAAGCCAUACUACGCCUUCAUCGUCGACGUCACCAGGAUCGACGUGUCUGGAGUGGAGCACCUUGAUGAGCUUCACUGGGAGGUGGAGCGGCGGUACAACGAAUUCUACAUCCUGGAGAACAAGUUGACAGAGUUCCACGGGGAGUUCCAGGACAACCAGCUGCCUCCCAAGCGGGCGCUCUUCACCUCCAAGGACAUCGGCUUCAUGCAGACCCGACGCCUGAUAUUUGAGGAGUUCCUUCAGAAGCUGCUGCAGAAGCCAGCACUGAAGGGGUCCCAGCUGCUGUUUCUGUUCCUUAAGACAAAGGAUGAAUUCACCAACACCUACCUGCCUGACGUGUCCCUGGGCCGCCUCAUCAGGGACGUGCCUCGCAAACUGAUGAAGGAGCGUGGCCAGUACCUUGACGCCUUCAUCAACAUGUUCCUCUCCUCCACCGUCACUGCUGCCACCCCAACGCUGGUCAAAUCAAAGUCAAAGGUGGAGUGGGAUGAGCCAUUUAUGAGCAAGGAGCAGGAGGAGGAGAAGCCCAACCAGCUGUUCACCACACUGUUUGGGGACAAUGCACAGAGCCUGGACAUACCCUUACAGGAAGCUGCUCCACCUCCCCCCGCCUUGAUGAAUGUGGUGGGGGUCUUCGAUACAGUCCUCUACUUGGUGGUGCGAGUGUACGGCCUCUCCAGGAACGCAUUGCGGUGGCUGAUGUGUGUGCGGGUGAUGGCCAAGAGCACCCUGGAUGCCGCCGUCAGCUGGUUCCUGCGCCGCAAGCUGGCCCAGGCCCUCGCACCUCCACGCAUCGUCACACUCAUCCACCUGAUCCGAGACGCCCUAUUCAUUGACCCCCCUGAGGAACGCGGGGAGAGGGAACACAGAAGUCGGGAGAGGGAGCUGCGACGGGAGGUGGUGGGGCUGCUGUCACCGUGGCUGCAGCGGACACUCUUCACUCAGGACCUGUACAACGAGGGGGCCAACACACUGGUCACCCUCUUCCAACAUCCAGUCUUAAACAAGCAGCUGUCCUAUGUGCUGCUGGACGGCGUGCUGGACGAGCUGUUCCCCGAGCUGGCCAUCACUCCCGAGCUGUCCCCGUUCCUCUCCAAUAGCUGAGUGGACCCCUCAACUCAGCACACACACACAACCGCACAGUCUUCGUAACCCUGGUAACACUGCGUCAUUCUUCCCAGACUCUCCUUCCUCCUCCUCUCCCUCCACUGCACAUGUGACUUGAUUUCCCUCAUGUAUUCCUGGUGAAUGUACAACCCCUGUGUAGUGUUGGGCUGUCUCUGCCUAGCAUCAGCUGUUUCACAUUCCUCACUAUUUUUGCACUUUUUCACACUCCAGUCCAUAGUAAGUGUAAGGUUUUGGGUGCAGUGAAGUGACGACCAGGACACUAAACCUAUUACCACCGCGAGAAAUUGGAUCGACUUUUAAUUAGUGACUGUUUUAACUAGAAAUUUCUUAAUGAUAGCAGAUAAUCAUAAUUCUAAUCACAAAGGUGCUCCAAAAGAUUGCUGUGUAGCAGUUGUCGUAAAGUGAGGUGAGGUGAGGUGAGGUGAGGUGGGCACUGCAGCAGGUACAAGUAGAGGGUUGUGGUUGUAAUGCUUGGCAGAGGUUCUGAUAUUAAUAACACGGCUUGUCUCAUGAAUGGUGGUGAUGGUGCUAAUGGGUUAACUGUUGCAUUUCAUGUGAUAGUAUACAUAUAUAUAUAUAUUCCUUUUUUUUUUAUCAUGAAAGGAGAGAUUUUAGAUUAUGUAAAUUUUCUCCUGUAUACAAUCUUUCACGAACUCACAACAAAAGAUGCGAGUAGAACCAAACCAAGCCAUCAGAGGAACACCAGAGGGGCCGGAACGAAGCCACUCAGGAUGAUGGAUUGAUUGACUGACUGGAACCACAACACAGCCAUGUAGGUGUGCCCCUAUAGGAAGAAAAUGUGUGUUGGUUGCUAGGCAUCCACACACCCUUCUGAGGACUGGUUGGUGGUGGGUGGAGUCCCUCAGGGUGUGGUGGUGGUGGUGAUGAUGGUGAUGGUGUGGUGUUCAGUGCUCUUCAUGUGGUGUUGGGUGUGGGUUGAGGACAGGUGUUUAAUUUGGUUGCUCAAUUUGAUUUUCAGAAUGUAAUGGUGGUAGAUGAUAAUCAGUCUUUGAGUAAGUGAACAUCUAUGGCCAUCCGUGUGUUGUGACCCUCCUUAGUUAGUAGUCUGAUUUUAUUUGAUAUAUACGCACACGCACACGCACACACACACACAGUGGUUAGAGCGCUGGCUUCACAAGCCAGAGGACCGGGAUUCGAUUCCCCGGCUGGGUGGAGAUAUUUGGGUGUGUCUCCUUUCAUGUGUAGCCCC